CGCGCCGACGCUGGUCGCUCGCGACGGCAGGACGUCGGUGAAUCACAGCGAGUCGGCGGAGAUCCCGCCGGCGCCCUCUGGUUCGAGAUCGAAGGUCGGCGAUCGCGCAGCGGGGAGAAUCUCUUGGCCGGGUGUGCAGCGAGAGAACAGGAAGCUGCGGGAAGAGUUUGCGAGGAAGCGGCAGACGAAGGGCUACCAGCAGAUGCUGGCUGACAGGCAGAAACUUCCAGCGUGGUCUCACCAGAAGCGAAUCCUGGCAGCACUAGAAGAAAACCAGGUUGUUGUCGUUAGUGGAAUGCCUGGCUGCGGCAAGACGACGCAGGUGCCUCAGUUUGUGCUCGACGAGCACCUGGCGGCCGGGCGACACUGCAGCAUCGUCUGCACGCAGCCGCGCCGCAUCUCGGCGAUCGCCGUCGCCGAGCGCGUCGCGAGCGAGCGAUGCGAGAGGCCGGGCAGGGCUGCCGUCGGCUACCACAUCCGCAUGGAGAGCGUUCAGUCUGCGUCGACGCGUCUGCUGUUCUGCACGACGGGAGUUCUGCUGCGGCGGCUGGAGCAUUCGUCCGGCAUCGAAGCUGUGACGCACAUCUUCGUUGACGAAGUCCACGAACGCAGCGAGGAAAGCGAUUUCCUGCUGAUGGUGCUGCACAACCUGCUGCAGGAGCGGACGGACCUCCGCGUACUGCUGAUGAGCGCCACGCUCAACGCAGACCUCUUCUCGCAAUACUUUGGCGGCUGCCCGCUCGUUCACAUCCCUGGGAGAACAUUCCCUGUCGACCAGUACUUCUUGGAAGAUGCCCUACAGGUUACAAAGCACGUCGUCGAGGAGAACUCUUCGUUCUCGAAGCAGCUGAACCGCUCCGUGGACGUCAUGGGAGACAUAGAGGACCAUCUGAAACAGUUGGAGGGAUUCACAGUCAAGACGAGUCUGUCCGACCAGCAACUCAAUCUGAAGCAAUUCUGCUCGAGAUACGAAGGCUGGCCAAAGCAAGUGCUUAAGUCUUUGGCCACGAUGGACCAUGAAAAGAUCAACUAUGACCUGAUAGUAGAUUGCUAGAAUGGAUUGCUUUGAAAGCACCAGCAUCCUAAGGAGGGUGCAAAUCCUUGUCUUUCCUGCCCGGCUUUUGCAGAAAUAUCGACCCUGUAUGAGCAGUUACAGGGCAGCAAAAUAUUUGGCCAACGCUCGAAAAUCUUCCACCUGAUCCCGCUUCAUUCGAGCCUGUCGAGUGAAGAUCAGCAGUCUGUCUUUAACAAAUCAAAGCCCGGUGUGAGAAAGGUCGUUAUCUCGACGAACAUCGCGGAGACAUCGAUCACGAUCGACGACGUCGUCUACGUCGUAGACGCCGGCAAGAUGAAGGAGAAGCGAUAUGACCCGACGAAGGGCAUGGAGAGCCUCGAGGUGACGUGGGUGUCACGCGCGAACGCCACACAGCGCAUGGGUCGCGCGGGCCGCGUCAUGCCAGGAGUCUGCUUCCACCUGUUCACGAGCCAUCGGCAUAAGCACAACCUGAGAGAAGAUCCGGUGCCAGAGAUUCAGCGUGUUCCACUCGAGCAGCUUGUGCUGCGUCUCAAAAUGCUGCCACUGUUCGAGGGCCAAGGAGCUUUGGAAGUGUUGUCAAAGACUAUUGAGGCACCAAAGACCAGCAGUGUAUUAGACGCAGUAAGCCGACUACAUACUCUUGGUGCGUUGGACCCAAACGAAGCCCUGACACCACUAGGCUACCAUCUGGCACAGCUACCUGUAGAUGUGAGAAUUGGCAAGCUUAUGUUGCUGGGAGCCAUCUUUCGCUGCCUGGAUCCAAUAUUGACAAUUGCUGCCUGCCUGAGUUUUAAGUCUCCAUUCGUUGCACCGUUCGAAUUGAGAGAUGAGGCAGAUAAGAAGAAGCGAGAGUUUGCAAUGGGCUACAGUGAUCAGCUGACUGUUCUUAAAGCUUACCAGGCAUGGAGCAGAGCUUGUGAGCAAAGUUCACACUCAGGCUAUAGAUACGCACAGGCAAACUUCCUCAGCCACAAAACUCUACAGAUGCUUGCAAGUAUGAAGCGGCAGUUUGUUGAACUAUUAUCUAGUAUAGGAUUUGUAAAAGAGGGUCUCAAGGCCAGGCAAGUCGAGAGAGCCGGAAAGAAUGGAAGAGAUGGCAUACUUGAAAGUACUGGUGUAGAGGCGAAUAUGAAUGCAGAAAGCACAAAGUUAGUGUCAGCAUUGAUCUGUGCUGCCCUCUACCCAAACGUGGUUCAGGUUCUCACACCUGAGAUUAAGUAUCAUCAAAGCAGUACAGGAGCUGUUGUUAAACAGCCAAAAGCCGACGAUCUGAAGUUUAAAACCAAGGAGGAUGGUUAUGUUUUCAUUCAUCCUUCAUCAGUGAACCAUCAAGUAGGCCACUAUGAGAGUCCAUACCUGGUAUAUCAUGAAAAAGUAAAGACCUCAAGGGUUUUCAUAAGGGAUUGCUCCAUGGUUGGCAUCUAUCCACUGCUGCUGUUUGGAGGGGGUCAGCUACACAUUGAGAUGGAGAUGGAAACCUUCAUCGUUUCACUGGAUGACGGGUGGAUACGAUUUAAAUCCGCCUCACACCAGGUAGCAGCGCUUGUCAAGGAGCUGAGGCGGGAGCUGGCUGAGCUGAUGGCACAGAAGAUCAACAAUCCCCAUCUAGACCUUUAUGGGUGUAGUCGCGGCAGCCGCAUUAUUGCUGCCAUAGUGACGCUGAUAAGCACGCAGUGAUGUACGUCCACCACCGUGUCUUUAUACCUACUAAAGCAGCUCCAGCAUUGUAUGCGCACAUUUUGUAUUGCAAUAACAGAUGGCAGUUUGAUAUUUAUCAUAAAUUUUUAGUCCGAAUUUCAGUUUGAAGAAGUAAGGGCUAUAUGUCAUUGGAAUCAGGUGUGAUUGCGUGACACUGUGAUACUGUCAGUUAAUAUCAGUAGUAACCGAAAUCACAACUACAAUUCACUUUGCUUCACAUACAAUUUUCAUAUUUGACGUGCAUAUAUAUAUAUUGUCAGUCGUGGCAAAAAAUACAUGGUCAGUCCAAAUAUGGAGCUAAGUUGUCAGAGGUCAGUGGGUAUUAAGACGUAUUUCAAGAGAUUAGAUACACUUAGCGAGAAGCAUUUAUUUCAAAUGAGAACUUAGCAUGGUUGUGACAUAAGCGAAAGGUGCUUGCAAUCAACUUGCUUCUGUUAUGCUAAGACUACAUAGCAAGUCCUGCGCUAAGCUUUAGGGUCAAAUAUUGCUUGAUUGUUUUACUAUUUAUUUAUCAUUAAGUGGGAGAAUAUCAACAGUAAAUAAAGGAUGCACUUGGCUUAGUGUAAAAACCA